GGCCCGGGACUUCCGGACCUGGUGUCGCCUUGGCAGGGCGGUCGUGGUAGAGCCCGCUGCCUUCUAGACGAGCAAGCGAGCUUCUGCCUGCCGUUCUCGGGAAAUGGACUCAGAAGUCAAGGAAGAAGUUCCCGUGCAUGAGGAAUUCAUUUUAUGUGGUGGAGCUGAAACCCAGGUUCUAAAAUGCGGGCCCUGGACUAACCUCUUUAAGGACCCAAGUGUCACCAGGCCUAAGCUGCUUAUUUUCAUUAUCACUGGCAACCCGGGUUUUUCUACCUUUUAUGUGCCGUUUGCAAAGGCUUUAUACUCUGCAACAAACAGACGCUUUCCAGUUUGGGUUAUCAGUCAUGCCGGGCAAGUUGUGGCUCCCAAAGACAAGAAGAUUCUCGCAACCCCAGAUGAUCCAAAUGCUCAAGAAAUCAAGGACAUCUAUGGGCUCAGCGGUCAAAUAGAACACAAGCUGGCUUUCCUGAGAACUCACGUGCCCAAGGAGACCAAACUGGUGCUCAUCGGCCAUUCAAUAGGCAGCUACAUUUGCCUCCAGAUCCUGAAGCACGCCCCUGAGAUGCCAAUAAUCCGCGCCUGUCUGCUCUUCCCAACAAUUGAGCGAAUGUCCGAGACGCCCAAUGGCAGGAUCGCCACCCCGCUCCUGUGCUGGCUUCGGUAUGCUCUCUACGCUUCCAGCUACUUGCUCCUGAAACCAUGUCCAGAGACACUCAAGUCCUGGCUCAUCAGAAUGGCCCUUCAGAGGAUGAACUUGCAGAGUGAACAUUCACUGCUGAGCGUGCUGGAGCCCUUCUGCCUUGCUAAUGCUGCCUACCUUGGGGGCCAAGAAAUGAUGCAGGUGGUGAAGAGAGACAAUGAAACCAUAAAGGAACAUUUAUCCAAGCUUACAUUUUACUAUGGGACUAUCGAUCGUUGGUGUCCAACAGAGUUCUAUGAAGACAUAAAGAAAGAUUUUCCAGAAGGAGAUAUUCGACUCUGUGAGAAGAAAAUACCUCACGCUUUUGUGCUCUACUCCCACCAGGAGAUGGCUGACAUGGUGGCCGACUGGCUGAGGGACGAUCUGGCCAAAAUAGACGCAGCGGAGUAAGGAAACGGGGACUGACCGCUGGCGCAGAGAGGCGGUGGGGGCACUGACUCUCAGCAGGAAGCAGUAGACUUAGUAGGUAAAUGCUGAAUUUCAACGUUUGAUGGUGGAAGUGAAACAAAGUGAGAACCUCUUGGCCUAAACACUACCAGCUCCCAGCUUCCCACAGUACAGGCUGAAGUAAACACAGCUAAUGAAACAUUCCUUAUGUUUAACCGCACACUUUCCGAGACUCAGGAACAUAAUGAUCCAAACGGGUCUCUGAUGUCUGCAAGAGUGGCCCAGGGCCACCAUGCAGUCUACUUGGGCAGGCAGGGUCCUUGCAGACAAAAGGACGUCUAAAUUUAGUUGGUUUUGACUUACGUUACAGAAAAGGCUGUCCUACAGGGGAUGACGGAAUGUCAGCUAGGAAAUGUGGGAGACCAGCGAGCGUUCAGUGUAUGGUCAGACACGUGGAGUGCAGAAGCUCAGGAGAAGGUUAUACUCACACUCCAGACCUUGGCAGUGGACCGGAGUCUCCCUUAAGGACAGGAGCCAAAGAUCAGCCCAGACUCCUUUGCAGAGGUCUUGGCUGAGAUCAUCAGAAUCGGGCCGGGUCCCGAGGACAGUCUGCAGGCAGACCUGUGUCACAAACCAGCAGGGCAGCCUGUGCCUGCCCACCGGUGGCACAGGCCCCAGCAGAGCCGACCUCAGGGGAGACACUGCCCAUGCCCACCUCUGAGAAGCGUCCCCGAGGAGCGCGACUUCCUGGCCUACCUGCACUAGACAGAGACUCGGGUUCACCAGGCAUUCCUCUGCUCACCUAAGCAGACAAGAGUCGUUGAGGGGUCCUGCUACAUCUCCCACCGCAAGACAGCCAGCGGGCCCUGUUUCUCCAGAGCCGGAGUGAGGAGGCCCUGACUUGCCCUGGACCAGCCUGUGCCUACCCAAUGCAGCUGCCCCUUCUGAGCUUUCCUUCCGGGGAGCUCCCGUGAGGACCAGCAGUGAGCCAAGUACUGUGCUAGCCACUGAGGAUAGAGUCUUAGCUAUAAUUAUGAUUCUUUUCUUCUUCUACUAAGUAAUUUUCAAAAGGGCAUCUUUAAAUUGCUGAGUUGAGAAUUUCCAUUAUCGUAAAUGAUUGUUCCAUUUCUGCAUUAGCGUAUUAGUUGUAAAGAAAUUGUUUUACUAAUGAACCAAAAUGAGCCAUUCAAUUAUGUAAACUCACCUUCUGUGGGCACCUUGAGAUCCAGCAGAGAAGCAGCUAGCCCUGCAGCCUAGAGCUGGCCGCCAAUACCGCUGCCUUCCCCAGACCGACUCGGGCCUGGGGCCUCGGUAGCCGGUCAUCGCACCGAGUGUGGUGGCAACUGACCACGUGGAGCAGAAACAUUCCGUUUUCUCCUGGAGGGAUCCUUCAGGCUUGAGGACAACGGGAUGGAUGUUGGCCUUCCUCUCAGAACCCAAAGCCCCUGAUGAAAGAUGCAGCCCCAAUACGCUGCCAGCCCCGUGGUGAGUGCCGAACUGGUUACUAGCAGGCAGGGCUUCCACAUUAGAGCAAAGGAGUUUUGGAGGGGCAGAUCCAAGCUGCAGGCAAGGAGUGUUCUCGGCUCUAGAGAGGAGGAGCUGGGACACACCUAGGCCACUGGCACAGGGCUGCACACGGACCCCCCGUCAGCACCUGCAUGGGAAGGCCUUGGAGAGAUCCGCUGUCAGCAGCUGGGACUCCUGGCUGGGAAGAACCUUGCAUACAGGAGGUGCUCAGCAGUGCCGACUUGAGCACUGGAGCAAGGGCCGGGUGGACCACACCUACCGAAAUAAAGAACAGCAUCCCCGGCUCUCUUCUGGUGUCGUUCCAUGACCUUACUCCAUGUUCCAAAAGUCCACAUGUAUGAAACUGUAUCUCAUGUUGUUUUGCAGAACUUAAAAAUGAUCAAAAGUAAAAUGAUAAAAUAAAAUACCACUGGCUCUCAUUUCCUGUUUAUCAUCUAGGCACCAAAUAAAUUUUUGAAAUAAAUGGUUUUCCAGCGCAUGUGAGCCCGCCUGGCGCGACCCUCCUUUGCUGGGGGCUGGGCGCGGUCUGAACCGCGCUCCUCAGUGGGACUCGGGCCGGGGUCCCUCUGUGAAGUGGAGAAGCCACUGCUCUCCGUGUUUCCUUCAGAGAAGGGAGAGUCAGAUUUCAGGGGGUUGAGGCUCAUCGUAUUUCAUUAGGAAUUGAACAAUUGGCUGUAUAAAUGCCUCCGUGCCGUGCAUGCGUCUGAGGUGAUAAGGUGUGUGAACUCUAGAGGUCUCACAGCCUGUGCAAGGCUCAGGCAGCUUCGUCGGGUUGCUCCAUGCCCCACUGUCCUCAUGCGCAGGACAGGACGGAUAUUAGUGCGUUCCUCAUACUGUUGGAAGAAUCAAAGAAGGUGAUAAAAUUAAAGCCUUUAGCGCAAUGCCUGAUCAAGAGUAUAUCUUAAUAAAGAUUGGCUGUAAUAAUACUGAUGAUUAUUAUUAACUAUUAUAAUACUGAAAAUAAAAGGAUGAGACUGAUAAGCAGUAGGUGAAAUCUAUUUUUCCAGAAGCAUUUCUGCCUCUGUGUCCCAGCCAGCCGCCUGGAUGGCCCUCGCCAGAGAUUUAACUUCCUGUGGGGUUGGCGGGUGAGAAGGAAGAGCCUACACUGGAGUGUGACCCAUGCCCUCGGUGGCUCUCGGGCUGCUCCGGACCCCGGGACAGGUCUCCCGGGCAGCCAGCCCCGUGGCUCUCGUGGCUGAUGUCCGAGGCAGCCAGUGACCUGCAAAGGCUUGAUUGUUCUUCACCCUACGCUGUAUUAAACUUAAAUUCAAUUCCAGAUUGAAGGAGACGGGCCAAUAUAAUGCAACCCCUGAUUCUGGGCUCAAGGUUAUUAACACAAAAACACCCUGUUGGGACCACGUGCACACUUGAGAGGGUCUGAAGAUGAGCUGGGCGGAGCGGAUGUUGGUUUUCCGGCCGCAGCCCUCCUGACCUGCAGGAGGAGGAGGAGGAGGCCGUCCGCAUGCGCACUGAAGACUCGCGGAACUGGGCGGGGCGCGGGGGCAGCCUGUCAGUUUACUCACAAGUGGUCCAGAGGGGGGCAAAUGUCCUUUGUAUUUUACUUGCAACUGUUUUGUAAAUUUGAGAUGAUUUUGAAAUUUAUAUAAAAAUAAUUAUUUUCAAAA